AUGGCUGACUCUGCCGCGGACCUGGAGGCUCAUCCUCACCAACAGGGCGGCGCGAAGCAGACGGCGAAGGACCUGUUCUCCGGAGCGGCUGGUGGUGUUGCACAGGUACUACUGGGCCAACCCUUCGACAUAGUGAAGGUCCGCCUGCAAACAUCCACCACAAACACAUCAGCCCUGGCAACAGCAACCUCGAUCCUCAAGAACGAGGGCCCAGCAGCCUUCUACAAGGGCACCCUAACACCGCUGAUCGGCAUCGGCGCCUGCGUGUCGGUCCAGUUCGGCGGCUUCCACGCGGCGCGGCGCUACUUCGAGGAGCAGAACACGGCCAACCACGGCGCCGCCCCGGGUGCCGCCCUCGGGUACGGGCAGUACUACGCGUCAGGCGCGUUUGCAGGCGUGGCCAACACCGUCCUGUCGAGCCCGAUCGAGCACGUGCGCAUCAGGCUGCAGACGCAGCCCCACGGCGCGGGGAGGCUGUACUCGGGGCCCCUGGACUGCGUGCGCAAGCUGACCGCCGCCCCCGGGGGCGGGGUCCUGGGGGGCGUCUACCGCGGCAGCGCCGUCACGAUCCUGCGGGAGGCGCAGGCGUACGGGGUGUGGUUCCUGUCCUUCGAGUGGCUCAUGGCGCGCGACGCGGCGCGCAACGGCGUCGACCGCAAGGACAUUCCCGCCUACAAGGUCGCCUUCUACGGCGGCCUGGCCGGCGAGGCGCUGUGGCUGUCCAGCUACCCCUUUGACGUCGUCAAGUCCAAGAUGCAGACGGACGGGUUCGGCAAGGACAAGGUGUACAGGAACAUGCGGGACUGCUUCGCGCAGACGUGGAGGAAGGAGGGCAUGGGCGGGUUCUGGAGGGGCCUGGGCCCGACGCUGCUGAGGGCCAUGCCUGUUUCUGCGGGAACGUUUGCGGUGGUGGAGCUCACGAUGAGGGCGAUCAACUAG